AUGGAUAGAAUGUGUGGAGGGAUGACGUUAGGUGUGGACGUAAUGGAUAGAAUGUGUGGAGGGAUGACGUUAGGUGUGGAGACAAGCCUUUACAUCCUAAUAUGUUUAGGCAUUGGGAGUAUGAUUACGCUUCAUUUCUUCUUUCAAUACCGAAACCCCUAUGAGCUAAGAUUAACUCCGACUCCGCAGCUCGCUGAAAGCUUGGAAAAGCAGGAGACAAUCGAUAUUUCGUCAAUUAAAGCGAAUGUCACGAAUAUCUCAAAUAUUCGACGGCAAAUAUUUGACUUGGCUGUGUAUUUAAAAAAGGCAAGGUUACACGCGAGGGGUUCCAAAACACAACGAGCACUGAAGUAUGCAAGUGAAAAUAUGGAUGCAAUACUGAGAGGAUUCGGUACUUCGUUCGAAGCUGUCACACGACGAAAAUUAUACAAAUCAAGCAGUAUGUGUCCUGAGUAUUAUGUUGAUAAAGUAUAUGGUCAUCUGAUCAAAAAUUGUUCCUACUCUAAACGUUUGGAGGAGAUUGUCACGAUCAUUCGUCUAAACUAUGAUUCGCCUGCAGAUAAGGAGUUCACCAGGGAUGGGUAUGGAUCAAAAAUUCCGGUCAUAAUUGGUGACUAUAGUGGCAAUGUAAAAGAGAAAAGUAAUAUUGUGGUAAAGAAAAUGGCAUCUACUAUUACAGAGGGUGAGGCAUUAAAUAUGUUGAUGGAAAACGUGAAAACGACAUACACUUUAGUUUUAAGAAACGUAACGGAACUGGAUUGGAAUGCAAGAAUUGAGCGACUUGUGCGAGAAAUUGAGAUAUUGAAUGUCAAUGCAAUAGGCGGAUCUAUCAGAAACUCAGAUAACGUUUGGAGUUUAGGAUGCCAUCAGAGGGUGUACCGAAACUACACUGUUGUGUUCGAGGAAGGGUACGAUGAAUCCAUGCAUGACUGUGCAUUUUGUGAUCACAUGGACGGACCGUUCCUCAUCAAAACAAAAACACUAAAAAAGAUAAAAUUCGAUAGUAAAUUAUCUCCUAUGGGAUUAUACGAAGACUUUUUUAUGAGACUCAAUACUGAGUCAGCUGUUUGUGCCGAUUCGUUAUUUGAUAUGGAUUUUCCGCGCCGAAGUAAAGUAACAAAAGAAUGGGAAAGUUUUGGAAGAAAGAGAAAUCUGUAUAGAUUGAAGUUUUCUUUUGGACUGACUAUAAACUUUGGAUGUGACUACGGGUAUCCUUGUCAAAGAAAGAAAGGAUUUGUUAGAUCACCAUGCUGUAUACAAGAGCUUGCUGAUUUAAGUUAUGGUUUUAUGGAUAUGUGUGAAAAAGAAGGAGGAUCGUGUCAAUUGAACGCGGGAACAAUAUUAGGAGCAGUGAAAAUGUAUGAUGUAAUCCCUUGGGAAGCUGACGCGGAUCUCAACUUUCGUUGUCAAGAUUUCAAUAAAUUAAAAGAAGGUGGAUUAAAACUCGGGUCUAAAGGUAUAAGAGUUGGAGUAGAAAGAAUAAGCGUUUGCUCGCCAUCUGCACAUCCAGCACAGCUAGGCGCAAGGAGCAAACACUGGCACGCAGACAUCUGGUCACGUGACUGGAUCGAACCUUAUGAAGUAAGAGCGGAACAUCGCAAUUUGACCAGGAUUCCCUUCAAUGGACGUCUUCUGAAUGGGAUGAGAAAUCCCGGUCUAUUUGCACGUAAUAUGUAUCCGGAAAUUUUCUUACAUCAACAGCACGCAAGUGAAGGAGGGGUUAAGAAAGUUUAUAAAUUUUCAAAGUGUCCGAUGAAAGACAAUCAUGAUUGCAUCGAUAAUUACUACGAAGAUGGUAAUAUCCAGUUUCAUGACCCGGUGGCGUAGCGUU